AUGCCACAGGCGCAGGAGGACAACGGCAAAGCACCAGCGUCAGCGUUUAUCAUGCCUUUCGUCAAGCGCUAUGGAUAUCCGGACCUGGAUCAGGUGAUCCUACCGUCCGAGGAGUAUACGUCUUGCUGGGAUAGCCGCACGCGCAACGCUCGGUGGGUCGUGGAACGCAUCAACCUCAACACCGUGUCCGGCCCGGGAGACAGAAAAAAGUCUCCCUUCCGGCCGGACUCAAGGUUGCAGCCUCUAUUCCGGAGCAGCCUGUCGGACUUCUACGGGAGCGGCUACGAUCGGGGGCACCUCGCACCGGCUGGCGACCACAAGACAACUCAGGCCAACCUCACGCAAACGUUUCUGCUCUCAAACAUGGCGCCCCAGGUGCCAAGUUUCAACCGCGGGUACUGGGGCGACUUCGAGGAGUUCGUGCGUACCCUCGUCGUGCCGUCCGAGAGGUCCAUCAAAGCGGCGGCGGCGGCGGGGUUCUCGACCUCCUCGUCGCUGUCGCCGCCGUUCAAGGACGUUUACGUCAUCACCGGGCCGCUCUUCCUCCCGUCAAAGGAGACGGCAUCGGUAGCCGGCACAGGCAACGCGGUCGACAUCGACCAAGGACAAGCCGAGGGGGUGGCCGUGGAUGUGCCAUCGCAAUCCUCCCGUACACCCGCAGCUACGAAGUGGGUCGUCAAGCACGACAUACUAGGAAACCCUAUGCAAAUGGUGGCGGUGCCUACUCACUUCUUCAAGAUAAUCGUGGCGGAACCAUAUCCCCCGCCUCCCUCAGAAGCGCUCGUCUCCAAGCCGACAACGUUUGUGGCCGCCUUCGCCAUGCCCAACGCCGACAUCCCGAACAACACGGACCUCCGGAAUUUCCUGGUGCCUCUGGAGGCACUUUCGUCGGUCUCUGGCAUGAGGUUCUUGGGCACGGGCUUGCUGGACGAAACCGCCAAGCUCUCCCUCGACAAAGAGGCCAUUCAGCGGGGGCUGGGGCCGAACGGUUUGGCAUAUACGUACGACACGGUGUUAGUCUUGGUAUCGGCGCUUUGGUCGUGUCGCGUCGCGUUGCUUGCUCGUGUCGGCACUGCGCGCAGAGGGUUAUUCUUGCGGGCAGUCACCUACUCUUCCUAG